AUGAGCUUGCUUGAGAAGAAUGCCGAUUCCUCCCCUCUCUUCCGCCACCGUCAACUUGCACCGGCGGCUGCCGUUCGUGUAUCGGCAUUAUGCCUUGGAACCAUGACCUUCGGAGGCGAGAAGGGCGGCCGUUAUGGAGAGUGUUCGCGUGAUGAUGCUUUCGGGAUACUCGAUCACUUCUACAGCCAGGGAGGCAAUUUUAUCGAUACCGCCAGUGGCUAUCAGAACGGACAGUCGGAAGUCAUAGUGGGUGAAUGGAUGGCAUCGCGCGAGAAUCGUGAUCAGAUCGUGCUUGCAACCAAGUACACAACCGCCUAUAUGACGCAUCGCAAAGACCACAUCCAAUCCAACUACGGCGGUAACAAUGCGAAGUCUAUGAAGGUCAGUGUGGACGCGUCUCUCCGCAAAAUGCAGACCUCUUAUAUCGAUUUGCUCUACGUCCACUGGUGGGAUUAUACGACCUCGAUUGCAGAAUUGAUGCAUGCCCUGAAUGACCUGGUUGUGGCUGGCAAAGUAAUUUAUCUGGGCAUCUCAGACACCCCAGCCUGGGUUGUAACCAAGGCCAAUCAGUACGCCCGCGAUCACGGCUUGCGUCAAUUUUCGGUGUACCAAGGAAUGUGGAAUGCAGCGAUGCGUGAUUUCGAGCGAGAUGUGAUCCCGAUGGCGCGAGACGAAGGGAUGGCAUUGUGUCCCUACGGCGUUCUGAACCAAGGCCGUUUUCAGACCAGGAAAGGGUUCCAGGAACGUGAACGUCAUAACCCCGGACGUAACUUCAUCCCUACGUCAGAGCAUGACAAGAAGGUUUCUGCCGUCCUCGAGAGGAUCAGCACUACCAGAGGUGUGAAGCUGCUCGACAUUGCUCUUGCAUACAUAAUGCAAAAGUCUACAUAUGUGUUUCCUAUCGUUGGUUGCAGGAAGAUCGAUCAUCUCCAGGGCAGUAUAGACGGCCUGAGCCUUGGCCUCACCGAGGCUGAAGUUGAGGAGGUUGAACAGGCCUACCCAUUUGAUUUUGGGUUCCCACACACUUUUCUGAGUGGCUCGAUGUUUGACCAUUCGACCCCCAGAAUGGCCGAUAAGCCAGGAGAUGUUUGGCUGACGAAGCCACUGGGCAAAUUCGACUGGGUUGAAACCCCCAAGCCAAUCAAACCCUCCCCAUAAGUGUGUACUCCUGUAUUGACAAAUGCGAUUGACGCUCUCGCUUCUCGUUG